AUGGAAGGUUACCAACACUGGGCUCUUUCUAAUGGCUGGGGUGGGCAAGUGUACUGCUCCAAAGAGCAAUCGCAGUCUGCACACCUCUGGAAAUCACCUUUCCCAGACGUGGUCCCCUUACAACCCGAAGUGAGCAGCUAUCGGAGGGGACGGAAAAAAAGGGUCCCUUACACCAAAAUCCAGCUGAAGGAGUUGGAAAAGGAGUACGCGGCCAGCAAAUUCAUCACCAAAGAGAAGAGGAGGAGGAUUUCGGCCACCACCAACCUGUCCGAGCGCCAAGUGACUAUCUGGUUCCAGAACCGGAGAGUCAAGGAGAAGAAGGUGGUGAGCAAAUCCAAGACAGCGCAUCUCCACGCCACCUGA